AUGGCCGACACACAUCCGUCCAAGGACACCCAUUCCAAGGACACCCAGCCCGAGCUCAACCCCAACGACUCCAACCCCCAAGACGUUGAAGAUGAAGUACAAUACACCCCGGAAGAGGAAGCAGCCGCCAUGGAAGAGUCCCAGUCCCUCAAGGCAGAGGCAACAGCCCUCUUCACCAAAGGCGACAUCCACAACGCCCUAUCCGUCUACGAAGACGCCCUGAUGCCUCUGCCAUCGUCGGCCCGGUACGCCCGUGCAGUUCUCCACUCCAACAUUGCCGCCUGCCAUCUCCGGGUCGACCAACCCACCGAGGCAGUCAAGGCUGCCACCACCGCUCUGAAUGAGCUAUCUGCUAUUGAAGAUUCAACGUCCCGAUCCAAGUCUGACAAGUCUGACCCUGACCUCAAUGCCAAGGAUGAGAAGAAUGAUGAUGAUGAUGAUGAUGUUACGAAAGGAAAGGGUCGAAAAGAAGAACGAGAACGAGAACAAGAACAGGUAGAUGAAGAGAUCAUCAGCUCUGGAGCCAAGACGGCUGCACCGCCGCCGCCGCCGCCGCCGCCACCGGCACAAGAUGACAUCGCCCGCAUACGCAUCAAAUCCCUCCUCCGUCGUGCCAGAGCCAACGCUUCAAUCCGUCCGGAGACGUGGUCGUCUCUGUCUUCCGCGCAGACAGAUUACCAGGCUCUUUCGAAACUUCCGCCGUCGGCACUCACCGCCACCGACGCGCGGAACGUUCGCGAUAUGCUUCGGCGCCUUGAACCGAAAGUGAAGGAGGCCCAGGAGAGGGAGAUGGGUGAGAUGUGGAGUAAGCUCAAGGAGAUGGGCAACGGCUUGCUCAAGCCCUUUGGACUCUCUACCAACAACUUCCAGAUGGUCAAGGACGAAGCUACGGGCGGGUAUAGUAUGAACUUCAAUCAGAAUGCAGGAAAAUAG